AUGCAGUUAUCGUGUUCUUUAUGCUUUCACAGAUGUAUUGCGAAUGAUGAUGAGAUUCAGCUAUUGCGAAAAAAGGCUGGAGAAUUGAAGGAAAAAUUAGAUGAAGCUGAAUCUGCUAUGGUUGAAUUAAGUCGAGUGAAUCAAUCUUUGCAGGUUACUCAUAUCAGAAAUCAAAGCAGACGUUGGACUCCCGAUAAGGAUGCUCUUGAAUGCAGUAACUGUAGUCGUCAAUUUUCCGUCGUUAUACGUAGGCAUCAUUGCCGAAAGUGUGGGUACGAGGUUUUCUGUGCUGAAUGUUCUGCAAAACAAGCUAGCACACCAUUUUCGCGGAAGCCUGUUCGUGUGUGCGAUGCGUGCUAUAAGGAUUUAACGGGAUAG